AUGCAAAACAAUGAGACAACAGAAUUUGUACAUGAGUAUGAGAAAGCUUCAAAAAAUAUGCGCACAGACGAGUUAGAAGAAGAUUUUCGUUGCAAACAAGGUACGUCUUUUCAAAUAGUCCAAAACUGUGGACUUUUGCAACAUGCAACAUCUGUUUAUACUCGUACAAUGUUUAAAAGAUUUGAGUUAGAAAUUACUUCUGCCUUGGGGGUCACACACCAAGAUGUUAAUUCUGAUGGAGUGUCUUUCACCUAUGAAAUCAUUGAAGGAAGUGGUCAGAGGGUUCAUGUUGUCUAUUUUAACUCCUCAAAUAAUGAAAUCACGUGCAGCUGUAAAAUGUUUGAAACAUUGGGGUUACUAUGUCGACAUGCUUUGCGAAUACUUAUUAUGAAAAAUGUAACAGAGCUUCCUGAUCAGUAUAUUUUGAAACAAUGGACAAAAAAUGCAAAGAAAGAUAAUGUUGUAUGUGAUCAUACAAAAUCAGCGGAUGCAAAUGAUGAGUUGUCAGUGACAUCACACCAUAAUGAAUUAAUGCGCUCAGUUUAUGAAUUUUUCACAAGAAGUGCAGCAACAACUCGGCAUACUGAAAUGUGCAAAAGAAAAAUUAGAGAGAUGAUAGAAUUUGUUGAGAAAGAUAUGGAGAUGUUAAGUGGGGCAAGAGAUUAUGGUGAAAGAGUAAAUAGUUUUGUGGAUAAUAACAUCUCUGGUGACGUUGAGAAGACUAAUUGCUCACUUAAUAAUUUGCCUAUAUUAGAUCCCCCAUGUGUGCGACCAAAAGGAGUCACAAAUGCGAGAAUGAAAAGCAACAUGGAGAAGCGUAAAAGGAAGGCAUUAAAAGAUAUUACAAGAUCAAAACAAUUGCCCAAGAGAGGACUUCCAGCAAACUCUGCCCAAGAGAGGACUUCCAGCAAACUCUGCCAGCCAAUGCACCCAUCUAAUGUACCCAUGGAUGAGAACUACAAUAAUCAAGUAUUCCAUUCUCUGGGCAUGCCAAUGACUAGUAGUUCAAACCAUUUUCAACUAUCAAAUCAGAUCCCUUUUUCUUAUUGGAGUGGUGCUUCUCCAAAUGUUAGCUUAACAAGCAUGCUUCAAAGUAACAAUUGCUUAAAUCAUUUAAGUCAGAAUUCUUUCUUAAAUGGUUUUACGCAACUAAAUCCAGGACAAAAGUGA